CCCCGGCCCGGAUCCGCUUCCUGCUGCCGCAAUGGAGCUGAGCCUGGCCCGCGUGGACUACCUGCAGGUGGGAGUGACAGCGCAGAAGACGAUGAGGCUUCUUCCAGCCUCGGGGCGAAAGGCGACGCAGAAGGUGGUUGUUGGUGAUCAGGACGGAGUUGUUACGUGUUUUGGCAUAAAAAAGGGGGAAGCUGUGCCGGUGUUCAAGACACUGCCGGGCAAAAAAAUUACAAGAUUGGAACUGGGAGGAGCUCUUAAUACACCACAAGAGAAAAUUUUUGUGGCUACAGGAUCAGAAGUUAGAGGUUUCACAAAAAGAGGGAAGCAGUUUCUUACAUUCGAAACUAACCUUACUGAAAGCAUCAAGGCAAUGCAUAUUUCAGGAGCAGAUCUCUUUCUCUGUGCAAGUUACAUCUAUAACCAUUACUGUGACUGCAAAGACCAGCACUACUACCUAUCAGGAGAUAAAAUCAAUGAUGUUCUCUGCCUUCCUGUGGAUAAAGUGAACUGCAUUACACCAGUCCUUGCAUGCCAGGAUAGAGUCCUCAGAGUUUUACAGGGAUCUGAUUUACUGUAUGAAGUAGAAGUUCCUGGACCGCCUACUGUUCUUGCACUAAACAAUGGAAAUGGGGGUGAUUCUGGAGAGGAAGUUGUGUAUGGAACUUCUGAUGGUAAACUGGGACUUAUCCAGAUUACUGAUGCAAAGCCUAUACCUAAGUGGGAGAUUGGAAAUGAAAAAAAGAGAGGAGGUAUCUUAUGUAUUGAUAGUUUUGACAUUAUGGGAGAUGGAGUUAAAGAAUUGCUUGUUGGAAGAGAUGAUGGAAUGCUAGAAAUCUAUAACUUUGAGAGUGCAGAUGACCCUGCCCUUCGAUAUGAUUAUGCCUUAUCAGAGAGCAUUGCAUCAGUCCAGGGUGGCUGUGUUGGAAAAGAUGGGUAUGAUGAAAUUUUAGCAUCCACAUACUCAGGCUGGCUGACAGGACUGACUACAGAACCUGUCCAUAGAGAAGGUGGAUCAGGUGAAGAACUAAAAUUAAGUCAAGAAAUGCAGAGCAAGAUUUCAUCCUUAAGGAGUGAAUUGGAACACUUACAGAUGAAAGUACAUCAGGAACGUGAAAAAUACCAGCAGUCUUCUCAGUCCAACACUGCUGUUUUAUCUGUACCUGCAUUUAGUGUAAAUGAUAAAUUUACAUUAAAUAAGGAUGAUGCCAGCUACAGCCUCAUCUUGGAGGUGCAGACAGCUAUAGACAAUGUCCUGGUGCAGAGUGAUGUCCCAGUAGACUUGCUGGAUGUGGAUAAAAAUUCUGCUGUUGUCAGUUUUAGCAGCUGUGAUUCUGAGCCAAAUAGCAACUUUCUUCUUGCCACUUACCGAUGCCAAGCAAAUACUACAAGACUGGAACUUAAGGUUCGAUCGAUUGAAGGGCAGUAUGGGACCCUUCAGGCAUAUGUAACUCCAAGAAUUCAACCCAAAACCUGCCAAGUUCAUCAAUACCAAAUUAAACCACUUUCUCUUCAUCAGAGAACUCAUUCUAUCGAUCAGGACAGACCCAUGAAUACACUGAUGCUCAAAGGCCAGUUCAGUUUUGCUGAAAUUCAUUCCUGGGUUGUCUUUUGCCUGCCUGAAGUCCCUGAAAAGACUCCAGCUGGAGAGAGUGUCACCUUCUAUUUUCAGAACACCUUCCUGGGUACACAGCUUGAAAGUACAUACAGAAAAGGUGAGGGAUGUUUCAAGUCUGACAACAUUUCUACAAUAUCCAUCCUAAAAGAUGUGCUUUCUAAAGAGGCUACUAAAAGGAAGAUCAAUCUCAGCAUAUCAUAUGAUGUAAAUGAAGAAUCUGUGAGGCACACUUUAAAGCUUAUCCACCCUAAAUUAGAGUAUCAGCAGCUGUUGGCCAAGAAGGUUCACUUAAUAGAUGCUUUGAGAGAAUUACAAGUCCAUGAGGGAAAUGUGGAUUUCUUGCUACCAAAAUACCGCAGCAUUUUGGAAGAAGCAGAUCAGCUGCUUGAGGAAUACAAGAGACAGCCUGCCCAUCUGGAGAGACUUUAUGGUAUGAUCACAGAUCUCUUCAUAGACAAAUUUAAAUUUAAAGGCACCAAUGUGAAAACCAAAGUUCCUCUUCUCCUGGAGAUUCUGGAUGGCUGUGAUCAAGACGGACUAAUUGCUUUCUUUGAAGCUGCAGCUUAACAAGGAGAAAGCAGAGUAACUUUUUU